AUGUCCGUUCUAGCUUGGCAGGCAGGUGCCGCGUCUGGGUCAUUUCUAACGGGGACCAUUAUCCAAGGUCUGCUUAGCAUUCGAGACCCAAGCUAUCAACCACAAAAUUGGCAGGGCACAAUGUUCGUCUUUGCUAUGAUCGCAGUAAUUUACUACUUUAAUGUCUAUGCCGCUAGCUGGAUGCCCCGGAUCCAGAACCUGUUGCUAGCAUUACAUCUCAUGUGCUGGGUCAUCGUCGUUGUCAUUCUCUUUGCCAUGGCACCGCAUAACUCUGCAAAGGUGGCCUUUACGGAAUUUUCCAACGGUGGUGGCUGGCCCACAAUUGGAAUAAGUUUGAUGAUCGGGCAAAUCUCAGCCAUCUAUGGCUCCCUUAGCUCCGAUGCGACGGCGCACAUGUCCGAGGAGGUCCGGGAUGCAGGUCGAUAUGUGCCCAUUGCUAUCGCCUGGGGCUACUUCGGCAACGGCAUUCUAGCCCUCAUCGUGGUCAUUGGGUUUGUGCUUGCACUACAAUCCGUGCCUGAUGCGCUUGCAGACAAAUUCGGAUUCCCUUUUCUAUACAUAUUUCAACAGAUUGUCUCACUUGCUGGAGUCAACGGCCUCACAGCGAUUAUUCUAAUCCCGGUCAUUUUUAGCAACAUUAUGUUCAACGCGUCCACCGCGCGUCAGACCCAUGCAUUCGCACGCGACAAGGGCCUGCCCUUCUCCAGCUGGAUUUCAACCGUCGAUUUAAGCCGUCGAAUCCCGGUGCGGGCAAUUGCACUUUCCUGCAUUAUGAGUGGCCUGCUCUCACUAAUUAACAUUGGCUCUCCGGUCGCCUUCAACGCCAUUAUCUCGCUCAACGUCGCCGCAUUAAUGUACACAUACAUGGUGUCUAUCAGCUGUGUGAUCUAUCGCAAGAUCUAUUGCCCAGACUCUCUUCCACCACGCAGAUGGAGCUUAGGUCGCUUCGGCCUUCUCGUGAACAUCAUAGGGCUACUCUAUAUUUUGUUUUCCCUCUUCUGGUCUUUCUGGCCCCCAAGCCCAUCUGCAGCAGCUCGUGACUUCAACUGGAGCGUUGUGAUAUUUGUUGCCGUCUUCGCACUCAGUCUAAUUAUGUACAUGUUCCAAGGGCGGCGCCAUUAUGUUGGGCCCGUGAUGACAGUGCAGCGGCGGGAUUGA